CCUACUCUUCCUGCAGGUGGCGCUGUUUUUCCUCAUUAGCCAGAAUGGACUCGAAAAAUGCUCUGAAAACCUGGGAGUUAAGUAAUAACGUUGAAAAUGUCAGCAUUGACGAAAUAUACAGAUAUGACAAGAAACAGCAACAGGAUAUUUUGACAGCCAAACCAUGGGAGAAAGAUCCACAUUACUUCAAGCACAUUAAAGUUAGUGCUCUUGCCCUUCUGAAGAUGGUUAUGCACUCAAGAUCGGGUGGAAAUCUAGAAGUGAUGGGACUAUUACUUGGUAAAGUUGAUGGUAAUACAAUGAUUGUCAUGGACAGUUUUGCCUUACCUGUGGAAGGGACAGAGACCAGGGUGAAUGCCCAGGCUCAGGCAUAUGAAUACAUGGCUGCAUAUACUGAGGCAGCCAAACAAGUAGGGAGACUGGAGAAUGCCAUUGGUUGGUACCACAGUCACCCUGGUUAUGGCUGCUGGUUGUCAGGAAUAGAUGUCAGUACACAAAUGUUAAACCAGCAGUUCCAGGAACCAUUUGUGGCUAUUGUGGUAGAUCCAGUGAGAACAAUAUCAGCUGGGAAGGUCAACAUAGGGGCAUUCAGAACUUAUCCCAAGGGCUUCAAACCCCCAGAUGAGGGCCCAUCUGAAUAUCAGUCUAUACCUCUAAAUAAAAUAGAAGAUUUUGGAGUACAUUGCAAACACUAUUAUAGCUUAGAUAUGUCCUACUUCAAGUCCGUGGCAGACAGAAAAUUAUUGGAAUCUCUAUGGAAUAAAUACUGGGUUAAUACGCUCAGUUCAUCCAGUCUUUUAACAAAUGCCGACUACACAACUGGUCAAAUUUUUGACUUGGCAGACAAACUAGAGCAGUCCGAGGUCCAGUUGUGCAGAGGAGGGUUUAUGUUGGGCAUGGACACACAUGAAAAGAAAUCAGAGGAUAAACUCGCCAAAGCAACUAAAGAUGGAUGUAAAACUACAAUGGAAGCAAUCCAUGGCCUGAUGUCACAAGUGAUCAAAGACAGACUAUUUAACCAAGUGCACACUUCAAAAUGAUACCUUGUCCUUCUGUAUAGUGUUUCUAGUGUACAAUAUUGAUGAUUUACUAAAGGACUCCAGAAUUCAAUGAACAAGGGAGAAUCAAAAUGAAGAUCAUGUGAAUUUCUUGUUACCAGUAUAUUCAUUGUUUACAUGUAUGUAUUAAAUUAGAACAUUUUAUA